CCAAGCAGCCCGGAGAGAGGCAGUGGAGCAGAGGCGGCGGAUGGGGCAGCUUUUUAUUUCUCUUUUUAAAGGGACAGAGUCGAUUUGCGACGAGCCAAAAAAACGGACUAUUCCUUCGCCGUCGACCUCUCGGGGACUUCAAACGAACGGGAACGAUGCGCGGGACGGCUGUUAUGAGAUAGAAAAUCCGGGGAGAGGGAUCCAAAAGCCUCUCCUCCUCCUCCUCUUCUCCUCUCUCUCCUCCUCUCUCCUCUCCUCCGCUCGCUCACCGUCUCUCCUGCUCUCCCUCCGAGCUACACUGGCUACCUACCCCCUUUUCGCUAGCAUUAGCUCCCCCUCUCUCUCCCUACUCCUGCCUCCUCCGCUUGGCCUCUCCGCUUUGAGACGUUUCACUGGAUACUUUAAAUCAGCCAGCCUCGGCUAAAACACAAAAAACUUGGCUAUUUUCGUGGUGGGAAGGAGAAUAACAAGGAAUCAUGCAAGUCAUGGCUGCUCUGAUGCGUCGGCCGUGCAUGUGAUGGGGAUUUUGGGUUUGAACUUAUCUGCCUGAGAGAAGAUGAGAAGCGUCCAUCUUUGGAAGGAGCAGCCUUGUAACCUAGCCAGCAGCCUCUUGUGUUGAGUGCGGGCUGCGCGGUGGCUCGCACUGUAAUCAUGUGUUUUCUUCUCUGAGGUACGUCGUGUUUCGCCUAUGUAGCCCUGGAACUGCGUCAAAGCGCUCAUGGCUCUGAGUGGUCAGAGACCGACAUGGGAAACCCCAUCUGUGUUUAGUAGCAUCGCGAUGAGGCUCGUCAGAGGCGUGGUCCCCCUGUGAGCCCGUCUCACUCGCCCUGGAAACGCUUCCCCGCAGCCGACUUCGUUAAAGGAAAGUUGUAGUGCUCUUGUCCUCCCGUUUCAGAGAGACACAAUGACACGUGGUGUUGGGACAGUGAAGAACGUGUGAUCUCUCCGGCGGAGUCGAGCACUAACCCAGAAAAAUGAAUGGCGGAAAGGAGAGUGAAAGAGGGGAGGGGGAGGGGCAGCCUGCACCUGCCCAGGUGCCCAUUGGCUGGCAGCGGAAAGUGGAGUCCACUGGGGUCGUCUAUAUCAGUCCCAGUGGUUCAGUGCUGUCCUGCUUGGAACAGGUAAAGUCCUAUCUACUCACGGAUGGCACCUGUAAGUGUGGCCUGGAGUGUCCGCUCAUCCUCCCCAAGGUGUUUAAUUUCGAUCCUGGGGCCGCUGUCAAGCAGAGGACUGCGGAGGAUGUGAAGGCCGAUGAGGAUGUCACAAAGCUUUGCAUCCACAAGAGAAAGCUCAUUGCUGUAGCCACUCUGCACAAAAGUAUGGAGCUGCCGCACCACUCCCUAACGCUGACCGGUCCCAGCGGAGGCACAAGUGCCACCUCUAUGGCCCCUACCAUCCAGCGAUCUGCAACCCCUCGAGCAAUAAGGAAUAAGUCCCAUGAUGGGCUGCCCAAUUCAGCGCUGCCUGACUGCAAGAACCCAUUCAAGAUGAUGAUGGCAGCAGGUCAACGGCACUACUCCGCGGAUAUGAGUGGUUCUCAGCAGCCGGAGCAUUAUUCCGGCUACCCUCGACAAAGAUUGGGCAGCAGUGAGCCAGGGCCUAAGUCCCCCUACCGCAGCGGGCCUGGAGGCAUGCUUAGCCCUUCCUCAGGCUCACAGGUCUACGGGGAUGGCUCUCUGUCCCCAAGAACUGACCCUUUGGGCAGUCCGGAUGGAUUUGCACGAAGCAAUGCCUGCGGCCUCCAGGGGGCUGGCAGCCCCAGCCCAAUUCAUGGCAACAGCAGGAUACCCCUUUCCCCUCCUGGUAUCAUGAUCCAUGGUUCUCCUGUCACUCAGCUGUCCUGUGCUAUGGCUGGAAGGACUAACACGCCUCUCUCUCCCCCAGUCCCCAACAAAAGCCCCAUCAUGAAAAAGCCACAUUGUAAUGUCAACUACCAACCUAGCAUGGAAAUGACCAGAGCAGUAUUUCAUCACAAGGCCCAGUCUGCAUCUCAUCCUGUUCCUCCCUCUGCUAUUCCCCCUUUAUGUGCUCUCCAGAAAAAACAGUUGACCUCAGAGAAGGACCCUCUGGGAAUCCUGGACCCUAUACCAAGUAAACCGGUCAUUCAGAGUCCCAUGACAAACCCAAGCCCAUCCAACUUCCAGCCCAAUGCCCACUCUCAGGUACCAAUGAUGAAUGUAAACAUCCCUCCUGCUAUCGUCCCAUUGCCAAGCAACCUUCCCUUACCAACGGUGAAACCUGGGCCGGUUGGCCACGGUGGGCACAUGCAGAGGACUCAGCAUGGAGCAGCCACAUCCAUCUCCCCCUCACCCGUUACAUCCCCUGUUCACAUGUCUGGGCCUGCACUUGGCCGCAUGGAGGCCUCUCCACAGCGAUCCCGCUCCUCUUCCACCUCCUCAGACCACGGGAGCUUUGCCAUGCCCUCAGGGCCCCAGGCCCCUUGUGGCAGCAUGAAGGUUCCACCACGGUCACCCAGAUCCUCCAUGGGUUCACCCAGACCUGCCUUGCCUUCCAGCCCCUCUGCCAAGCCCGACACACUCCACCAGUACAAAGACCCCAACCAGGUUCUGAUGGGUAAUGCGAUCAGUAGUCAGCACAACCCCAUGUUUCCUCCAGCCUCAGGCAGCAGUGCCCCCCAGAAGAACCACCCCGGACUCCUGGGCAUGCCCCUCAACCAGAUCCUCAACCAACACAAUGCUGCCUCUUUCCCUGCCAGCAGUCUCCUUUCAGCAGCAGCCAAAGCACAGCUAGCAAAUCAAAACAAAUUAGGUGGUAGCAGUGGUGGGAUGGGUGUCAGUGGUGCUGGUGUGAGUGUUGGUGCGGGAAUGGGUGCUGGUGCUGGGGGCAUGGGGAGUGGAGGCACUGGCAUUGCCGGUGGUGGUGGUAACGGAAGUGGGGGCAGUGGGAUGCCUUGCCCAGUUGGUGGUGGAAGUGGCAGUGGUGGUGGUAGCAGUGGUAGCAGGGCUGUUGAAGGGCCCAAUACUUUAAAUCCCAUGCUGCCACCAAGUUCCACCAUGCUCAUGCCCAUGCCCGAGGGCCAGAGUGGACGUGCAGCCUUGCGGGACAAGCUCAUGGCCCAGCAGCGUGACCCUCUACGGAAGCGCAAACAGCCGCUCAACAGUGGCAGUCACGACAACAUGGUCUACAGUAUGCUAAAACCAGACAUGGCUGGCCCCAGGCCACCAUGCCCUCCCUCGGAGCAGAUGAGGAAAGUGCCCCGGCUUGGAGGUCUACCUCCAAACACAUCCAUGGCCCAGCUGCUCCAGUCAAUGAGCAACCAGAGCUCUCACAUGGUCAGGGGCAGUCGGCCACUUCCUGCAGGCCCCGGUCAAAUGCACUUUGGUGAGGGUGCAUUGCCCCCUGGAGUUGCCCAACAAAGCAUGCAGUUACAGCAGCGACUACACGGCCAAGCAGACUCAAUGCACUGUCCUGGCUUGGAGCCUGGUACUCAAGGUCCUCAUACACAGUUCCCAGGGAUGAUGAACCAGAUGCAAGCCCCAGCUAUGGGGAACUGUGCACCUUUGGGCCAAAGUGGACAGGUUCCCCUCAGACACCCAGCCAUGGGACACCCGAGCACUCACCCACAGCAAAUGUCUCACUUACAUCAACAGCAGCAAGGCCAUCCUCAUGGGCACAUCCGGCCAAAUAUGUCCUGUAUGGUACCCAGUAGCAGUGAUGGUAGCUGUACCCAAGCCAUGUCUGACACAGGUGACGCUUCAUCACUGAACUGCGGGAUGGGCAAUAUGAUGGGCGGCGCAGGACAAAUGUACCAGCAGCAUCAGCUGCACCCAGCACUACAGGGCGUACAUAGGGUCUCCCCAUACCAGGGCCAGGGGCACCCCUACUCAGAAACGCCCUUUCCAGAAAAUAACGCCCCCAACUCCAACAUGACCUGUCUGUACCAGGACUACCAGGGUUGCAUGCCUGACAGCACCCCUGUUUCUCAUACACAGAUGAGUUCUCAGCCUGGCAUGACUUCGCUUCCUACCGAGACGGGAAUGUUCCAGGACGGUCAGCAGGAGCUCCCGGGUCAGAGCGAGGUCACUAUGGCAGGAGCCACGGGAAGUCAAGGGUCAGAGAGAUUGCCGGGGGGCGGCGGUGCUGAAGCGGUAGAUGCAAUCUAUCGGGCAGUGGUAGACGCUGCAAGCAAAGGCAUGCAAGUGACCAUCACCACGACGGUGAGCAGCAGCACGCAGGCCAGCCCCGUCCCUGCGCUCAGUGCCAUGACCGCCUUCACCGCCUCCAUUGGCGAGCCUCACAGCUUGCCGCAUGCUGUCAACGCAGUCAUCCAUGGUCCCAGGGGGUCCGAGGGUCCGGAGGUGCUGACCAGACCCCCGCCGCCUCCAUCGCGAGCCGGCCGAACCCGCAGGAGUUCUGAGCAGGGCAAGAGCACGCCGGAGAGCACGGAAACGCACGAGUACUUUCGCUCGCCCCGCCGGCAGUGGGAAGAGCCCGGUCACGCCCAGUGGAGGGGGGAAGAGUUUCUGGAAUGUUCCACACAGGUGCGGAGCAGCCCAUGUGGCGAUGGGGGUGAUCGAGCAGGUGCCAUGGCAACAACCCCGCAGUCCCGUGACCCACCUGAGCCACAGGGUGACGAUACUGGGAACUUCCGCUACAACCAUUGCACCCGCACGCCGGUCAACUUCAAGGAGCGACUGGAGCAGACAGUGGAGCGCUGUGCCCAUGUCAACGGUGGCCUGCCCCCUUCUGGCCGCGGCGGUGGCUACGGUGAACCGCUGACGGGGGACGACCAGUCACCAGGAUCCUCCACUAGCCUAGAGGGACCGCUGCUGAAGGACUACGCUCACUUCAAUGGGCACUUUAAUGGGCACUGCGCACCGAGCCCCUCCGACACCAAGAGCCUGAGCAGUGAGGAGGAGCUGCGGCACCCGGACUCGCCCUCCGCCGACCUGCUGCCCUACCGGUCCAGAGGCUUCAUGGGCGAGCUCGUUUGGCCAAUCAAAGGCUUCCCUCCCUGGCCCAACAAACUGGUGGGGGAGGAGCACGGGCACAAUCCCAGCAUGCAGCUGUCUGACCAGGCCAAGGUGGAGCCUGAGAAGCUGAAAACACUAACACAGGACCUGGAGGCGCUGGACAGAGCCGCCAAAAGGAACAGAAUAGCUGGGAAGUUGAAUAAUCAUUUAGAAGCUGCUAUCCAGGAAGCCAUGAGUGAGCUGGACAAGAUGUCAGGCACUGUACAUCCGAUGUCCUCGAGAGAGCGAGAACGGCAGGUGAAGCUGCCCAAACCCAAGAGGAGGAAAAUCUCCAGAUAACAGAGAGAGAAACCAGUGACCAGAGCAGUAUCCAGCCUCAGAGCUACUCAAACACACACGCAUCCUCUCUCGUUCUCUCUCUCUCUGUUCAACUCCGACCUGGUGCUAUGCUCUAGCAGACGGCUCGUCAAGGCCCCGCCCUCACAAAGUGACUGACAGGUGCUGGAUAAGCCAAUCAGAAAUGGUGGCGAUUUGACUACAACUCACUGAAGAACUAUUUUUUUCUAGAAUACAAAGAAAAUAACAAAAAAAGAAGAAAAAAAUACUGCAUUUAAAGAAUAGACAGUCCAAAUAUUUCUGAUACAUUUUCAAUGUGUAUAUAGACAAUACAGAAAUUUCAUGGUGAAAUCUUGGGAAGAAAAUGUAAAUAUUGUACGAUAAUGCCAUGUACAAGCAGACUCAAUGCAUACUUUAUCUUCAGUUGUACAAAAAAAAAAAACGACAACAAAUCAAAGCAGAAAACAUCUACCAGUGUGUUGGUUUCUAUUCAGUUCUUGGCCCAUAAGGCCACGUGUGAAUAGGAUGAAUAAGAAGAGUCAGUCAGAUACUUUUAUGUGCUUCUGUUGGAGUGUGUGCGUGUUUUUGUUUGUGCGUGUGUGUGUGUGUGUGUGUAGCUGCGACGGGUAGGCAUGGAGUUGAAACCCUGAUCAAUGUCAUCCGCUCACACCAUGGCAGUAAGUGUGCGUGUGAGAGAACAGACGUUUGCAGCUCUGUGUGUGUCGAAGAGUGGACUUCACCAACCGAAAAGGGGCAUGAAACACCGCAGGUCUGACUUCUCUGGUUGUGGUCUUCCUCCACUGAACACUACCAGUCCACAUGUGGCUGAUAUCCAUUUCUCAUCUUUUAUCAUAUUCAUAUUCAGUGCUGGAGGAUUUUAUAGUCUUCUGAUGUUGCUUUAUUUCUAGUGAUUUGUGAGAUUUGUAACUGGCCGCUAAUCUAAUUUGACUGUCCGAGCUCCGGCCACAGAUGUGUUCUUUCGUAGCUACUGUUGCAGUCCAAUUCAAAUGCAGUUCAAACCUAAUGAGAAGUUGCCAUACUCAGUUUCAUUUUUGUGCAAAUCUGGAAAUUCAGAGCAUGUUUAAGGGCCAAUAUCUUGUAAAAUUCCUCACUUUUUUGAAAUGUGAGUUUAAUGUAACAUGUAAACCCUGUAGAGUUUCACUGUUCAUUCACCAGCUCAUAUAUAGAGAAUAAGCUACAAAAAACAGCCUGUUUUUGAAUUCAUUGGUUUUGUAAUGUCAACCAAACAAACACAUUUAAAUAUAUAUGGCUAUUCGGUCUACAGCAUUUUAGCCCCACCGAAUAAUGCUGAAAUUUUGGAAUGUUUUAGCCUAAUGUUUUGGACAACUUUUUGAAUGAGGCACAAUAGAGGACAGCCAAUUAGAACAGAAAUUAUCUAUAUAUGCCAGCCCAAAAUUCAGUUAAAGAGAGGUUGGAAAAUGAUCAUGUAAAAAUUGAAUAAUGGGUCCUUUUGGAGCAUAAAGCCCUGAAAUGUCAUAGGUGGACGUAAGGGUAGAAAAUAAAUAAAUAGAUAAAUAAAAGAAAGAAAGUAAAAUAUAAGACAACUGUAGAAUAUGGGCCCUUUAAUUCCAACUUAUAUAUUUUUUUGUAUGCGUAUGAAAGGUCACACUUUAAGGAUAGAUUAGAUGUAGUAUUUUUGUGUCUUACGGUAAUAUUCGACUGAUUUCUACAUAAUUAAAUUAUUAAAGAUAUAAACAGUCAUGGAGUGGUUUGAUGUGAGUCAGAAUUGUUUACAGUGGUGGUGAUAGGAACCAGAUGUCUAAAUCGUUUAAUGCACAGAAAGUUCUUACACUAAAUGGUUACAAAUAUGCUGCCUUGUGUCAGAAAUUUUUUUUAUGAUAGCUUUUUGAAGGUUUUUCCUAAAACAUAUUUUUUCAUCUAUUAAUGGCAGAGAGGUGCGUGCAGGGGAGUGUCAAAAUAGUCCCCAGUGAAAACUUAGAUUUACCACUACAGACAUUACACAUAAAAACUGACAUAUGUAGGUUCGUUGGUCAUUUUGAAUGGUAAAUAAAAUGGCUGUUUUUUCAUUGUAGACAACGUGACCUCUGGUUCCUGUCACCACCACUGCAAAGAAAUCACCCUUUAACAUCAACCUCUGAAUGACGUUUGCAUCUCAAUAAUUGAAUUAUGCAGAAAUUGUGCAGAAUCAAUGUAAUACCCCUUUAAUUGAGGCUACAUUAACACAGUGUAUUUGUUGUCAUCUCCAGCUUAGACCCCUUUUACGCCUGGUCACUUCACGCAUCUUGAGCAUCAGAAUUAUAUAUCGGGAUAGGACCAAGCCACAUAAAAAUGCAAAUGUAAACGCAUCCAAUUGCUUAAACCACUUCAAGAGGUGGUCUGAGAUGCAAUGCAAAUGCAUCUGUCUCUCCAUUCGACAACCAAAACCCCUCCCAGUACAGUCAAAAGUCCCCAUGCAGUACCUCACUGGGCACGUGAUCCACGUCUUCGAAGAACAUAAUCAUGGUUUGGGACCGGAUGAAAUGAAAUGCUUAUUAGCAUUUCUGCAGACAAAGAGGCUAAAUGGAUAAACGAUUGCUAAUUGGUUGCCGCGUGACGAGUGGAUUUGCAUAUUCCAUCCCACACAGCAGUCGGAUUUCAGUCUGACUCACCUGAGACGCAUUUGACUACCAAGUGUAAAUGCAUGUGGCUAAACUCUUAUCAGGGUACAAUCCAAAUACUACUCCCAUGAAGAGACCAGGUGUGAACGGGGUCUUAAGUUCGAUUGGACACCAUAUCAUGUGUGCAGCCUUACAUAAUGACUCUAAGCUCUGGCUUAACACUCUGUAAACUUUGGGACAGCUACGAAAAAAUGCAUUUGUGCGCAGAGACUGGCUUCAGUUAUUCCAUUGAAUCAUGGAAUAGAUGGACUCCCAUGACCCAACCUCCAAAUCCAAUCCGUCUUCAUUUCACUAAGGCACGUUUGACCCGAAACAGACUGACAGCGUCAUCAAGGGAGAGAGAGAGGUUCAAUUUGCAGUUAGGGGCCUUAUAUUUUCUUUUGUUAUAAAUUAUUUAUGUACAGUAUUCUGUAUUUAUUUUAGCUGUUCAAUUGUACUUGGCAAUAAUACAACCCUGAGCGAAUGCUCGGUAAAGCCUUACAUGUGUAUGUAUAAAGCCUAUAUCUUAUAUGUAUCGCUCUUGUUCAAGAGAUACAGCCUUGAUAUUCAGUAUUAUUCAUUUAACAGAUACCUAUAUUUUCUGCCCUGUUUAUUUAAUGUCUGUGGUGUUUUGUGGCACACGGCUUGUUGUUGUAUAACACUGUUACGUCUUUCUGUUGCGCCGAGCGCGGAGUCGGAGGAGGAAACGGACAAACGGUCUGAUGAAAUACUGAAAUCUUGUACAGACUCAGGGAGACCUGUCAGCCGUUCAGAUUUCAGUUCUAUGAGGAGAGGGCUAUGAUUUGUGGUUUAAGAGGUAUACAGUUUUGAUUUUGGUUUUUAUGGCUGUUUUUUUUUAUUUUUUUUAUUUUUUUUUCCUUUCUUUUUUUCUAUGUAUGGAAUAUCACUGACUGCUGGUCGUAAAUGUAAAUGAGAGAUUAUUAGCCUAAAAGGCUAAAGAGGCCUGUAGGAUUUACCUUUUUUACCCCUAAGUUAGCCUUUUUAUACUGUAGGUUCAAAUCUUAAGCUUAACUAUUGAAAAGAAAGGUGUUGUUGUAAUAGGGCAAGUUUGCCAACACUGUAGGGAUGUGCAAGAAUGAAGUGACUGACCUGAGAACUGUUAACACUACAGAGAACAGAAAUCUCACUAAAAACACUAAUAAGUAUUUGUAGUCCUUGAAACAGGCUAACUAGGUUAGCUUAUUAACUUUGACAUAAGAUUAGCCUAGCAAACUAAUGACAAAUUAGGCAGAUUUAAGGAAAAGUUUAGUCAAAAAAAUGCUAAUGUUGCUAACUGUGAGGGAAAAGUGAUUAGCAGCUAACAUUGUCAUGCUAAUUCAUGUCCACCAGCUUCCUUUCAGCGUUAGCGAUAUUAGCAUGUUUUGUCAAGCUUUUCAUGUAUGAAUACACAUCAUUUGUAAGUUGAUAAUGAUGUGAUACACGUAUCACGAGGCCUACAGUAGACAAUUUAGCGUUUGUUGCUGCUGAUCAGUUGCAGUGAUCAGCUGUCAGAGACUUUAAUGCUAGCGUUUUGUUAGCCUCCUCAUUUUAUUGUAUUCCGUUGCUCCCCAUUUUGUUUCUGCCAUUGUUUUAUCUUUCUUUAUAGGAAAUUCACUACUAAAGUAUUGAGUGCAAUAUAACAGAAUAUGGAUCUGAAAAGCAGCCAUGUUGUGUCAUCUGAAUGUCCUUUACGUUUUCCUCAUGCAAAUGUACACGAACGUCAAGCGAGUUGGAACCUUCUCAGUGUCUGUUGACGCAGUCUGUGGCACAGUUCAACGGUCAAUGCCCUGCUUUUCCUCAGCCUAGUCCACUCUAACUUCUUUAAGACGCUUUGCUAACCGCUCCUGACCCUUAAGUCUGUCCUGCGCAUGUCCCCGGUUUCUGGUGAAGUCCACUCUGCGCUCAGUGCCAUGGCAUGGAGCUCAGAACACACCCUGUUCAACUCCCCUACACUCUGACUCGCAAUGUUUCAAGGUCAAAAACAUUUUUCUUUUGUGUUCAGAUGGUCAAUGUUGUCCAGAACUUUCUGCUUAUGUAUGUUUGCUCAUAUCUUUCAUUUCUGAUUUUCUUGUGUUUUUUUUGUAUCUUUCUUUCUUUCUUUUUGGGCCUCUUUGCUUGCUCUUUAUCUGAUUGGUAUGACCAAGCUUUGCGUCGUCAGUAUCAGAGGUUUUAAUUUUUUCCCCCCAACAUGUAACUAAGUAUAUAUUUUCUCACCAAUAUAUACUUUACGGCCAUUGACUUUGUAAAGUAUGUUGUGCACUUGAUUUCAUUCGUUUCAGAUAGCUUUGAUGCGGAGGUUAGGAAUAGUUUGUUGAAGUCCAUAAUUUCUUAUUGCUUUUUGUUUGUUUUGUUUUUUUG